AUGACUGGCAGAGGAGGCGGUGCUGCUCGCAAGACACUGCUUGCGCCCAUCCACUUUAUUUUCAAACUCCUCCAGCAACGCUCAACAGUCUGCAUCUGGUUAUAUGAACAGCUCGCAUUCCGUAUAGAGGGGAAGAUCAGGGGGUUCGACGAGUUCAUGAAUCUGGUAGUCGAUGACGCCGUGGAGGUUAGGCUGGCCACAAAAACUGACGAGGAAAAGAGACGACCAUUAGGUCAAAUACUGCUCAAGGGCGACAAUGUCUCCCUCAUCCAAGCUGUCCAGUGA